AUGGCCGACUCGACCCGGGGUCCUUUUGCCCGGGCCCUUUUGCAGCAGUGCCUGCACGCGAGGCUGCAGGUGAAGCCUGCCGAGCCGGACUCCGAAGCCGAGUGGGUGGAGGUAACGUCUGCACGGGCAGAUCUCUCGGGGUUGCCCCGCUUUGAUUUCAAUAAGGCAUCCCCCGACUUGGCGAGCAGAGAUCAUCGCUUUCUGCUCCUGUCUGCCUGCUCGUCCCUACCCCCACCAAAAUAAUAAUAAUAAUUAAUAAUAAUAAUAAUGUUGCCACCGCCGAAUUGAUCUUCAAUUUGCACAUCACCCUACUUGCUUCCUAAAAUAAUCAAGAUGUCCCGAUGUCAAUACGGAUUAUUGUAAUAAUCGUGAGGAUCCCCCCCACCAAGUGCCGGAAGUACUUCGCUUCCAUGGCUUUUUUCCCAUCGCUUCCGGCACUCAGGAAAAAUCCUGAAACGGAAUAGUGGACGUUUUCACGCGUGAAGUUUAAAGCCACGGUUUCUUCUCAUAUUGCUUAGCAUUACAGAGGCGUCUCCCCCUCCCCCCCUCAUUUUUCCUUUUUUCGCAUGGGGAACGAUCGUCAUGGAGCGAACUGCCUAGUAACCAAAAUAUACAUUUAACAUUUCGGCGAGACUUAAUUCUGAGUAGAGAUCAGGUUUUUUCACACGUUACACUGAACACAGGUACGAGCUGUCUCUGCACGUGCUCAGGUGCUAGUAUGGAAGAGAGCAUAAUCGUUGGUUGGUGCAGUUCGACUGUAGUGUACACAAGUGCACAGAAAGUACAUCUGCUUAAUGUAAUGUGUGAACACCCCUACUGAAACUUGGGAAGCAGCCCAAACUUUUUCCACUGGUACUCCAUGAGUUUCACUCAGGUGGUCCACAGCAUGUCUGUAAAAAUACAAUUACCGGUAGAUUCAUGUAGCACAGUACUUUACAGUUGCUACUGCAGGCAGAAAAAUCAAGUGAUUCCUCAGCAAUUUUCAGGUUGUGGGGAGCAGGGGACAGAGUUUAGGAACAACCACUGCAUUAGUUCAUCUAGCAGCUGAUUUCCAGAGUUUUGGGCAGGACUCUUUCUUAGGCUGACCUGGAGACACCAGGAAUUGAAUCUUGCAGUCUACCAUUGACCGAUAGGCCAUGCAUAUUGUGAAAGCACCUGGAGUAGUGAACAUUUGACAUCUCAGAUUUGACGUAUUGGAUUCAAAUUCAUCUCUGACCUACCUUACAGGGUGGUUGCAACACUAUAAAAAUGAGGAUAGUUAUCAUUAUUUUAUUAAAAUCAUAUUUACACAGUCCCCCAGAUGUUACAGGACAUUGUGAAGUGACAUUAAUAUUAUUGUUGGCUUAUUUUGUUUUUAAUUAUCUUUUCCUAAGCUCCAGAUUAGGCAUUAUUGUUUCAAUACACCUCAUGUUUAUUCUGAGAUCAGCUUAUUUGUACUCUGAAGAUUGUGACUGGAGAUUCAACUGAUAGUCGGAGACUAACAAUGUAUGGAACAUGCUUGCUGCUUGGCUGAUUUUUGGCUGAUUUUGUUUAACAAUUUGAAUACAUUUUGGAAAACCUAAGUAUAUUUUGAGUGUAUAUCAGACGUGUAUGCCUCAAAAUAAACUAUGUAACUUUGUAUUUAUUUGUUCAAGAAACAGAGAAAAUAAAACAUUCAGUUCUCUAUCAUGGAAGAAGUUGUUUUUAAAAGUAUGAUGUCUGAGGCACAAAGAAAUAUGUAUCCCAGAUAUAAAAAUGUUUAAUUUUAUUUGAGUGUGGUCUUUAUGGUACUUUCCACAACUUUCCACUAAAAGAAAUCUAGCUUGUGACCUUUUAAGACCUAGAUUACCUAUUACUUCAGAAUCUAGACACGGAAAAUAAAUUGCUUUUAUUUUGCAUACAGAAACAUUUCAGUUUACAUCUACUGAAAUGAAUGAGUUUUCCAAUUAAGGUUUAAAUCCUAGACAUACUUCCCGGGGAAUAAGUCUCAUGCAUGUCUAGAAGACAUGCAUAGGAUUGUGGUUUCAUGCACAAUAUUAAUAGAUCUCUUUAAUUACAGUAAAAAACGUAUGGGUAUAUGGAUGUGUAAAUAUAUUUCUUUGUUAUUUUGAAUAGAUACAGCGAGGACUUAUAAUCUAUGUAUGUUUCUUCAAAGGGGCUAGUGAAGAAAUUAUUCCCAAAAUGGGUAGGUGUUUAGAUAAAAUAGUAUUUAAAAACAGCCAUUUUAAAACGGCACUAAAAUAUGCAAAUAACUGCAGCUGCAUCAUUGAGCCUAUCAUAAAAUAGUAAUAAGAACUUGUUUCAUGAGAUUUUUGUAAUGAAAAGCUUUGAAUCAUUAAAAACUGCUCUCCAGGGAAAGUUCUAAGCAAGUAUUUCAUUCCGAAUCGUUCUGCAUACAAGUCCGAUGUGCUUUUAAUUAACUUGUUCUUAUUAAGGUUUGCUGUUUAAUAAGCUUGUUGAUGCAGAGUGCGUUAUUAAUACAGUGCCAUAUUUAGCUUAAGGCUUGAGGCAGUAUUGAAAUGUAGCCUGAAUCAGUAACUAUGUUUGUUACUUUCUGUCCUCCUUUUCUUUUAUACUGCAGUUUCUUUUGAAAAUAAAAAUUGUUAAGUGGCACACACUCAGUAUCAAGCCUUCUCUUUACAGAACACUUGUAGCCAGUGUUGUUCUUUCAAGAAGCAGGUACUGCUGAUUCCCUUGUGGCCAAAGACUUCUGGCUUUAGCUCCCACUGCAUGAACAUGUCAGAAAGGGCUUCACACCUUUGCGCCUUGUUACCUUUUGAUCAUCUUCUCUUGCAAAUGAUAUGGGUGAUGAAGAGCAGCAAAGGGGUUGAUUCUUAAAAAUUCUUUUCCAUUUGUACUUAAGGCGAAGUAGGAUUUUAAUCAUGGGUUAUAUCCAAAGAAGUCUUGACUGCACAAGGCCUUCUGCUUGCACAAUGAAUUUUCCCCUCUCUUUGCUCUCCCUACAUGCCCCCCAAUAUGUUCUGUGGGUUCCCCCAGUCCUCCAGAGCAGAUUUAGGGUGGUGUGUUGCAUGAACCAAGGAAGGGAGAUUGAGGAGAAGUUCUACUGCACAAGUACAAGUCCUGGCACUAACAGAACAGUUUGGUUGGAUGCAACCCUAUGAGCUUGGACUAGUCUUUCCAAAUUAGUUAAUAACUUGUGUUAUUACAAAGUACAAUCUUGUGUACUGCAAUGCAAUGCAGGAGUGAGGACGAACCCAACUUAGAUCCCUUCACAGUUAUGAAGCUUAGGGACAGACUUAUCUCUUAGCAUAAUCUAUGACCCACCAGGUUACCAGGAGAGUGAAAUGAAGUGAGAAUACAUAGCUGUCCCUUUUAAGGCUUCAGAAUAAGGGUUCAAAAGAAGUAUUUAUUCAUGGCCCAUUACGAGACAGUAAAAAACUAUUAAAUUAAUUGGGCUUAACCCUAAUUCGGUUAGAAGUAUUUCUACUUGCUCAUUUUUCUUGAUAUAUAAAUGUAUACCAGGUAGCCAGUAGAGGGAGCUAAUGUACAGGUAAAUGUGCUUCUUCUCCACUAUUGUAUAAGAGGAAACUGGACAUUGGAAUUCAGGUACUAUCCCUGUUUCACCAUGCCUGUGUCUUGACUUUUUUCCUUGUGGGCAGAAUUUAACUUGCUGCAUUGCUAAUGCAUAACCACUUCACAAACCUACUAACUGCAAUCGUUUUUCCCUUCUCUGUCUUUGCAGUCAAUGCGCUCAUGAAUGUGAAGUUGAGUGAAACGGAAAGCGGCGAAUACGUUUCUGUUCUGGAUUUGCCAGGCAGCAUAUUAGUAAUACCCCAGGCCACGCUGGGUGGCAAACUGAAGGGGAGAAGAAUGCAGUAUCAUUCCAACAUUGAAAAGGAAAUCGGGAUGGAGCUGUAUUCCCAGUUUGUCACUCAGUGCGAACGAGAACUGACUGCAAAUACCAAAUGUGUAGAGGCUGGGGUUGCUCUCAAGUACGGCACAUAUGGAAACCGGCAGGUGUUGAAAGUGGAUACAAAUGGACCUUUCAGUCAUAUGAUUGAGUUUUGAGGAGGGAAAAAGUGAUUAAUUUUUUUAAGGACAUGCAUACUGCCUAAGGAAUGUUGCACGGUUGUGUUAAGGAAUAUAGUUCAAUGGAUUCUAAGCAUUUGAGAGCGAGGAAAAGAUUUCAGUAAGCCCAGCUAAUAAAUAAUUUAAUUCUUUUGAGUUAAAUUACCUCAAAAUGUCUUCCUCCUUCGUGUAUGGGACCUAACCAAUCAGUGGUUCUCGUUUUUUGACAAAAAGAGGCCCAGCUGCAGAACUGUCUUUGAAUCUAUUCUGUAGGUAAUGCCACCACUCUCUGUGGGUUGAGGAGUGAUGGAACAGGAGAUGGCCUUCACUUUGGAGAUGCCCAGGUUGUGGCAUCGGGUCCAUCUUGCACCAUCACCAGGUGCUUUUUGACACUGAGUCAAGACGAACUUCAUUAUCCAGGCCUUUGGCUGAGCAGACGUCCGUCCUUCUCCUACAUAUUGCUAUUCUGCACUGCUGCUUUGCUAGGCCAAGGUAGACUGGGUUCAUACCUUUUAUUUUAUUGUUGAUUUUUUGUAACCUGCCCUGGGGCAGUGAAGGAUGGGCUAGAAGUACAAAUAAAUAAAUCAAUAUGUAUAGUAAUAGCCAGUUCCCAGGAUUCUAUUUUUGUUGCACUCUAACAGGUUGCACUGUGGGUUAAACCACAGAGCCUAGAACUUGCCGAUCAGAAGGUCGCCGGUUCGAAUCCCCGCGAUGGGGUGAGCUUCCGUUGCUCGGUCCCUGCUCCUGCCAACCUAGCAGUUCGAAAGCACGUCAAGUGCAAGUAGAUAAAUAGGUACUGCUCUGGCGGGAAGGUAAACAGCGUUUCCGUGCACUGCUUUGGUUUGCCAGAAGUGGCUUAGUCAUGCUGGUCACAUGACCCAGAAGCUGUAUGCCAGCUCCCUCGGCCAAUAAAGCGAGAUGAGUGCCGCAACCCCAGAGUCGGUCACGACUGGACCUAAUGGCCAGGGGUCCCUUUACCUUUAACAUGACAAAGAAACAAGAUGUGCACCAGAACAAGAGUGAAGGAUGAAGAGACAUGUUCAUGGUCUCUACUUGCUUUCAGCCUGUGCCAAUGAUUAGGUCAUCCUUGAACCAAACUAUAGCUCUGUAACUUUUCUAUCAGCAGCAGAGCAUUACAGGCUUUGAGGAAAGAUGCAGCAGUGAAAGGGUGAACAGGCGAUCUGUUUUGGAUCUUUAGCCUUCCAUGCAUGAGUCAGCCGGCUGAAGAGAUUGGCACUUCUACAUCAACAUGGGUGAGAAAUGGUGGCUGAGGCAAUUUAGGGAAUGUAAUUCUUCCUGCUUUUGGUGAUAGCACUUUUUAUGCCACCCCCCCAAAAAAAACUACCCCGGCUCCUUUUUUAGGACUUUAAAAUUGAACAUUCUCCAUCAUAAAUAUAGACACUUUGUUAAUGGUGAAGAAAUUGUACUGAAUCUUUGAUUUCCAGUGUUUGCGACAUUGACCUGUGUGCUGCUUCCACUGUGAUACUCUGGGGUGAAUCAUGUGAUCAAGUUACUCUCUUUUACAGAAAAGAAAUAAUUUCUAUUCUGUUCUAUUGUAGUGCUUGUUUCUUAUUCCAGAGGCAUGCAUGUUGCUUGAUGAUGGGCUUCUAUAUUCCAAUAUGUAAUGAGACAGUAGAUGACUAGUUGGCUUCCCACUUGCUUAUAUUACAGCGUUCUCUUGAAAACCACUUGCAAAAUCAAAAAAAGGAAAUUCCCUAACGUAGCUUUGAUCUGUACAUUUUUUACUAUUUGACUGCUCUAAAUUUCAUAGUAGUACAUCAUGUUCUUUUUAACAAUAUUUGGAUAUUGGUCACGAUAUAACUUCUUAAUUCCAUACAUAUUAAAAUGUGAAUGUAAGGCGCUUAAUCAAUUGCAGUGUGCUGCAUUAGAAAGAGAUUACAACAUAUUUUGGAUUACGGACGAGGGGAGGGUGGAAUGCUACUGUGGAGACUAUAAUAAUCAGCUUCCCUCAUUAUUAUUUAUUAAAUCUUUAUAUCACCCUUCAUCUAAAGAAAAGAUCAUAGGGCAAUUCACAACAUAAAAACACAAAAUACAUAAUAAAACAAAAACAAACCAAUAACCCCCUCCCACAAACACAUAUAAAAGGACAUAGAAUGUUAAUCGGCCAAAGGCCUGGUUAUAAUGUUUUCGCCUGGCACCUAAAGAUAUGUAAUGAAGGCGCCAGGCAAGCCUCCCUGGGGAGAGCAUUCCACAAAUGGGGAGUCUCCGCAGAAUCAUAAAAUCGUAGAGUUGGAAAGGACCCUGAGGAUCAUCUAGUUCAACCCCUUGCUGUGCAGGAAUAUGCAGUUGUCCCAUACAGGGAUUGAACCUGCAACCUUGACAUUGUCAGCGCCUUGCUCUAACCAACUGAGAAAAGGCCUCGUGUUGCCGCCCUCUGGACCUCGUGUGGAAGAGGCACACAAAGAAGAGCCUCAGAUGAUGAGCCCAGGGUCCAGGUUGAUGCUUGUCCUUGAGGUAUUACGGUCCUGAGCUGUUUAAGGCUAUAUAGGUCCAAACCAGCACUUUGAAUUGGGCCUGGAAAACUAACUGGCAGUCAGUGCAGUUGGGUCAGGAUCGGUGUAAUACGCUCAAACCAUCUUGCACCGUUGAGCGGGUCACCAAAUUCUGCACCUGUUGAAGUUUCCAAACCAUCUUUAGAAGCAGCUCUACAGAUACGAGUGUUGCAACAAUCCAAUCUAGAGGUUACCAGAACAUAGACAAUAGAAGUUUGGCUAUCCCUGUCUAGCUAGAGGUGCAGCUGAGCCACCAGCUGAAGCUGAUGGAAGGCACUCCACCCCACUGAGGCCACCUGAGCCUCAAGCAACAGCAAAGGAUCUAGAAGGACAUACAAGUACAUACAAGCUACAUAUCUGCACCUUUGGAGGAGUGGAACCCCUUCAAGAGCAGGCAACCUCCCUUCCAUCCAGUCUAAGGAGCCACCUACCAAGAGUGCCUUAUCUGGAUUGAACUUCAGAUUGUUGGCUCAUUCAGUGCAUUAGUAAACGCCAUUCUCCACUCAUGCAUUUAACGGUAAAAAACUCCUUCGUGUUACAGUCAGCUGUCUUAGGUCAUUAUGAGUAAUAUUAAGCACAAAGUGAAUGAAGCUAGUGACUCAGGUUGUUUCACAUUUUUUUGGAUAGAGUUCAGUCAACAGUCAUCAUUACAAUGCUUGUGGGGAUACUUUGGCCUUGGGAAAAACACUCAGAGCAAACAGUGGGCAUUACUGCGCCCACCAAAUUUGGAGAAACAAGUUCACCAGCAUGAAGGCACUUGUUUCUGACUCUGAUGGCAACAAAUCUAAAUUACUUUUUCAGUUGCCCUCUAGCAGAGCUAUUCUGGGUGGUUAAGGUAAUGGUCAAACUUGCCUAACAGUCUGCAACAUCUGAAGUCUCUGCAGUCUGAUGUGACUAGUUUGCAAGGCACUGCAGGAAUAAAACCAUCAGAAACUCCAAUGUGUAUUUGUUUACCCAGGCUUACAGGGGAUUUGGUUGGCCUGCUAGAGACCCUCAGAGUUGCAUUCUGCCUAUUUGAGGAAUCUCUGGUAUUUUACUCAUGUUGUGGGUUAAAGUGUGACCACACAGUUGUGAAUAGUAUACAAUUAAAAUAAAUGACAUGGUGCCUGGCACCAAAAAUACCUCAAUCCACUUUUAUGUGGAUUUAUAAGUAACAGGCAACAUCUCUGAGGAAAGCAUUCCAGAGGCAGAUCAUUACAAUCAAGAAUGACAUCUCCCCAACUGCCACCUAUUUUAGCUCAGCCAGGGCAACAUAGGAUCAUAGAAUGAUAGCAUUGGAAAGGAUCCUAAGGGACACUUUGUCCAAGCCGCUGCAAAGCAGGAAUCUUUAUGCAUGUCCCCCAUCCAGUUUGAAACCAUACAGGACCCUGCUUAACUUUGCAAAUGUGUUAGCAAUUUUAUUGCUGCACCACUGUAGCAUAAAGACAGUCUUUAAGGGACUCCUUCUGGAACCUGGAUCCCAAGCUGUAGAGUGCUUUGAAGAUAAGCACCAGCACUUUGACCUGUGCCGGCAUGGGAAACAAGCCUCAGCCACUUAUGGUAAGUUUCAAUACUGCCUAUAAUGCUUUUAUUGCUUCCAGGUAGCCCAAGUGACUUUCUAUCACAAUCACUUUUGCUACUGUUUGGGUUGUUGGGUUUCUGUCAACGACCAGAGCCAAUUAUCAAGCUUAAGAGCAUUCACAUACAUGUUUUUCAAAGUAUCUUGGAAAUGUAUUGAAUGUGUUAACCAGGCAGUGUCCUGCUGAGUUCAUUGGAACAUCCAAGUCCAAAGAAGCAAACAUUUUGUGGGCUGCCCCGCACAUGGGUUGUGAACAGAAUUGUGUGUGUGACUGCAGUUAGAUCAAAUGCAGCAGAUCAAAUGCAUUUCAAAGGGGGCAGACGUGGCAGCGCAAGACGGAAUGUGGAUGUUUUAAAAGAAGGCAGGGCCACAAGGAAAUGUUUUCUCAAAAUAAAAAAAAUAAUGCAGGCUAAAAAGACAAGACUCUUUCCCCUGUCGUCGUCUUUUGGUUGCUAAGCGAAGCCCAACUCUCUCACUCUCCGUCUCUCUUUUAAGGAAAGGAAUGGCCCUGGCCCUGAAUGAAAGAAAAGUUUGACUCCAGAGCGGAACUAGCGGAGUUAUUUGUCUGUGGUUGCCUGGGGCCGGCUCCAAACCAAUUCAUCCUUGUGGAGGCCGAGACGUUUCAGCCUUGGCAAAGGGAGCGCAGUAGGUGUGUGAGUACAGAAGACAACAUGGUGCGGCGGGGAGGAGGAUCCGGCUUCGUCAAUAAUUCCUGCGAAAACAAAUGACAACGGUUUCACCCCUUUCAGGCGAGUUAAAAUAAAUAAAUAAAACAUAUAUGCACGCCUAUUGAUUACAGCACAGACCAGCAUAGCGUUGUCAGAAGAGAGAGAGAGAGGAAGAGGAAGGGGGGGGGAAAGCAGGCAGUGCGGAGGAGGAGGAGGAGGAGGAGAAGGGGGCGCCUGCUGCGAAUUGAAGCAGCCCCGCCACCCGAGAAGGGAGCCUCGGCCCGCCGCGCCGCCUUCCUCGCGGGAGCCUCUCCCGGGGCGCGAGGCCUGCGCUUGGCCGCCGUGGGCGCUCGAUGGCUCGGGGCCCGAUUGCACGGCCCUGAGCGGCUGCUCCCGCGGGGAAGAGGGAGGGCGCCCCGAGAGGCGGCUCCUCCUCCUCCUCGUCCUCCUGCUGCUGAUCCGCGGGGAGGGCGCGGGGCUUCCCUGCUUCACAGGGGAGAAGCGGCAGCGGAGGGAGCGCUGGGCUUGCCUGGGACCCCACCCUGCGGAGCCAGCCACGCAGCCCGGCUCCCCCCGCGGAAGCUGCCUGCAGGCCGGCGAGCGGAGGCAGCUCCUCCUUUUCUUUCUUUCUCGGGGAGAGGAGGCGCAGGAGCCGAUCCUGGCCGGCUGGGAGUCCCGUCGGGGCGCUGGUCGGAGGUAAGCUGUUCCGCUGGGGAGGUUUCUGGGGCGGGCUGAGGGGAUUCAGCUGCUUGGGGGACACACGCGUCAGUUCCCCGCUGGUGGAGUGUGAGGCGGGCUGGUUGGGGGGUAGACUUUAGGUUCAAUAAAGAACUGGUGUCGAGAGAGGGGACCACGGCGACCAGUUCCCCCCUUGGAACUGGUUUCUAGCCAAAGGCAGGACACCCGUCACCUCAAAGUUUUCAGGUGUCCUUGCCAAGCCUCCGCACAAGGAAGGAAAGUGUAGCCGGGUUGGAAGGAAAGUGUCAGCGUCUUAUAAAGGGCUGGGGUUGCUUGGGUCGAAAAAGAGAUAUUCCCAAGCCCCGGAAGCCAAGGGAAGUGCGCUUAUCUCCCCCAGGAAAGCUGCUAGUGGAAGUCCUCGUGGGGUCAGCCUUCAGGAUAUGUGGAAUAAGCACCAGUUUCUUCCUGCAGAGCUAAGCACAGACUCGAGGUCCCUUAAGGCUGAGGAUGAAUUACUUGCUGUCUAAUUUUUAUUAUUAGGGUGACUGGUAGCCUUGAAUGUUUAUUUUUAUGUGUAAAGUAAUCAUCUUUGUAUGCCUCUGUUGAUUCUGAGUAUGGAGCAGGAUGGGGGGGUGGCUAUUCUAGACUUACUAAAUGCAAGUUGUAAGGCUGUAAUUUUGCAGCUUGUGGAAUAAAUAAAUACAGGCUCCUAAUGGACAAGAGAUUCUGGCUGCCCCGUAUCAUGUUGCUUUGUACAAAACGUGUUCUGUCAGGCCUCUAGGAGAACACAGAGGAGGACACUUUGUUUUUGUUUUGCUUUACUUUGGAUCAGUCAAUCUGGAGUUCAUCAUAACAUAACAAGAACCCUAAAGGGUUAGGGCAAUGGUCUGGCAUCCGUUUCUCAAUAGCAUCCAACCAGAUACCUAUGGGAAGCCUGCAAGGAGGACCUGAGCACAACAGCAGGCCCCCACCUGUAUACUCUUUGAUUCCUAGCGACUCGCAUUCAGUGGCAUGCUGCCUCGGACAUUGGAGUCAGUAUGUCACUGUGGCUAGGAGCCAUUGGUAGCUUUAUUCUCCACGAAUUUGUCUCUAAUCCUUUUUAAAAGCUGUCCAAGUCGGUGGCAAUCACUACUUCUUCCUGAAAAGAUUGUACAUACAACCUAGAUUAAAAGUGUUGGAAAAGCCCACCCUUUAACCACCCUGUAACCACUUGGUUGGUAGAAAAGCUUAAAGCUUGCAAUCUUCCUCCCAGCUGAACUCCCUGAGGCUUACAAGUGUAUAAAGCUGCAUAGUGUGUUAAGGAGCAAGACAGAGAUCUUGAGCGUGCACGUUAGGAAAUGCCCUGUUGCUUUUAUUCAUGUGAUUAAUUGGCUACACCUUCAUCACAUGGACAUCCUGGGAAGGAGGGGUUCACUCUAGCAAAAUAGAAACAAUACAUGAACUGCACAAAAUCAGCAAAACUGCAGGGUAAAUGAACAUUCAGCAUAAUUAAGACACUGUGGAUAACACUUAAACAGUGCCUAAGCUUGGGUGAAUAAAAAUACCUGGUGCCAAGUUGACAUCAACAUAGAUGCCAGAGGACUCUUCUCUGGGAAGAACUUCCCAAAGCACUGAAAUGGUUGUCUCCCCAGUUGCUACCCUCCAUACCUUAGAAGAUGGAGGCACACUCAGGAAAGUUCUGAGGGUGAUAUUGGUCAGACUGGUAUAGGAAAAUAUGAUCCAACAAGUACUUUGUAUUUAAACUUUUAAAGUGAGCACCCCCACUUUGAAUUAAGCUCAGAAAUGGAUCAGGAGUCAGUGAAGCUGAUUCAACACCAAGAAGACAUACAGUGGUGCCUCGCAAGACGAAAUUAAUUCGUUCCGCAAGUCUCUUCGUCUUGCGAGUUUUUCGUCUUGCGAUGCACGGUUUCCCAUAGGAAUGCAUUGAAAAGCAAUGCGUUCCUAGGGAAACCGCCUUCCGACCUGGUCCGGGGACAGUCUGGCCCCGGACCUCUUCUGAAGGCUGGGGGGGCAAGGGCUUUCUUCCCACCCCCAGCAUUUUAAAACCCCGGGACAGCGGAGGACUUCUCCGCUGUCCGGGCGAUCUUAAAAUGCUGGCGGGCGGCAUUUUAAAAUCACCCCGGGACAGCGGAGGACUUCUCCGCUGUCCGGGCAAUUUAAAGCCCCUGGGAAGGCAGGCAGGGGGACAAAGACUUUGCCCCCGCCAGCCUUCAGAAGAGGUCCUGGACCUCUUCUGAAGGCGGGCGGGGGCGAAAGUCUUUGCUCCCCCGCCUUCAAAAGCCCUCCGGGACAGGCAGGCAGGGGAGCAAAGACUUUCGCCCCCGCCCGCCUUCAGAAGGUCUUCCCUCCCCCGCCCGGCUCGGAGCACCGUUCCGAGCCGGGCGGCGGCGGGAGGUCUUCCCUCCCCCGCCCGGCUCGGAGCACCGUUCCGGCCGGGCGGCGGCGGAGGUGUUCCCUCCCCCGCCCGGCUCGGAGCACCGCUCCGAGCCGGGCGGCGGGGAGGUCUUCCCUCCCCACCGCCCGGCUCGGAGCACCGCUCCGAGCCGGGCGGCGGCGGCAGGUGUUCCCUCCCCCGCCCGGCUCGGAGCACCGCUCCGAGCCGGGCGGCGGCGGCAGGUGUUCCCUCCCCCGCCCGGCUCGGAGGAGCCUUCCGAGCCCGGCGGCGGCGGGAGGAGGUGUCCCCGCCCCGCCGCCAGGCUUCGGAGGAGGUCCGAGGACAGUGGGGAAGACGCGCUGCGCUCCCCGCUGUCCCUGAGAUUUCCCUAUGGGCUGUCGUCUUGCGAAGCAAGCCCAUAGGGAAAUUCGUUUUGCGAAGCGCCUCCAAAACGGAAAACCCUUUCGUCUAGCGGGUUUUCCGUCUUGCGAGGCGUUCGUCUUGCGGGGUACCACUGUAGUUCCAGCACCCAUUCCCAGUUAGCAGCUUUUUCUGAAGGCAGCCUCAUGUUCAGAAUCAGCACAGUUCAGUGGUUUACUGGGGAGUAUUGAACACAAAGUUGCGUAAAGUCUAAGACAGAAUGAGAGUGGCUAAGUAUUAAUUCUGCUAGUAUAUAUAGUGAUAUGCAGCCUAGUGGAUAUCUUUCUGUGUGUGUUGUAUCCAUUUAGACCAGCAGUAUAGUCUGAAGGCACAUGAUGCAACAACGUUGUUAAAGUUAUCACUGGUUGAGUCUAGCCAGCGUUGGAAUGGGAGACUGCCAGUUUUGCCAUCAUGAAUUCUCUAGAGCAGCCUUGCCCAACCUGGUACCUGCCAGAUGUUUUGGACUACAGCUCCCAUCAUCCCUGUAGUCCAAAACAUCUGGAGGGUGCCAGUUUGGGAAAGUUUACUCUGAAGGAAAGGUGGGAUUCAUUUUUCAUUUUCACCAUAAGUUUCUCAUGAAAGAGAGCAGGUGGUUACAUUCACACACUGAAAUUUUCCAAGUAGAGUCAGUGAAACUUCUUGAGCAGCUAUGGUUCAGUAUCAAUAUAUUUCUCAGAGUGGCCUACAUUUUAUCUGUAUUACUGCCUGACUCUUGACUUGUAUGGUACAGCCUGGUAACCAGUUACUGACUGGUUGGCCUGGUGGGAGGGAUGCUUAUUAGGAGUUAACUCCUAAUAAGUCAAAUGCUACAUCCUCCUUUCUUUUAUACCAGCAAGAAAAUGAUGCUCCUGCUGUUUGUGAUGUUUGAAUGGUGACAUGUGCAAUACUGCAGCCUUUCUUUGAGGAACAAGGCGGAGAGAGAGCAAAGCACAACUUUGCAAAAAUAAUCUACCAAGCUGCAGAAGCAGUUUCUAGUUGCUGAUGUGGCUGUGUCAAAUGAGAGUUCAAAAGUUGCUACAUGAAGUAAAAAAGGCACAGCUUUGCCGUUGAAAAGAAAUCUUUAUGGCCUCCAUAUAUGGAAAGCAUGUUAAGAAAAAUGGACGGCUGGACUAGGAACCUAAAGGUUUUAUUUAAUAUUUUUUAUUCUACUGUGGGCUUCAAUCUGAAAUCCAUCCUGGGAUAGGUGGUGAAAGGAAGGCAAAAUACAUAUCACUUGGCAUUUAGAUCAGGAGGAGCUGUUCCUUAAAUGUGUUCCAUUUCUUUACAAUCACAUUUACCAGUGCUAUUUUAUCAUAGUUACAAAUAACAGAACUGACAUGUUGUUUCAUCUGACAAAAUGGGAAUAGGAAUAUACAGUAGAAGUGGGACCUGCAACAAAUUUUUGCAGGGUGGAGUGCUCUUGUUCAGUGUGUUUCAGCCAGUCAGUCAAGCCCUCCUCGGAGAUCCUCCUUUCCCACCCUCAACAGCCACUCAGCAUUCUGUGGCCAGUGACCCACAGUGGAGUGUUUGGGUGCUCCUCUCCUUAUGUUUUCCCUGCCCUAAAGGUUUUUGGUAUUUCCAAAAACCCCAGGGUUCCAUUCUUGUGGAAGGUGCAGUUUUGGCAACAUAAGCAGCAUCAAUUAAGUCUGAAACUUGGAAAUGGAGAACUGGACAUUGUCUUGUCCUGAGAAGUAAAGAUGAACUCAGUAAAUUUUUACAAAGCAAUGCAAGAGCAAAGGCAAUCAUAACUUCAAGUUAGGUUUGUCAAUUUGGUAGAUAUAAUCUCAGAAAUGUAGAGUCUGAAUGCACUAAAAUGAAACAGGGAAAGCGGGAAACUUUAGGUUGGGUUUAAUCUAGGUUAUGCCGCUCAUUAAUGUAUAUGUUCUACAGUAGAAAGAAGUUUUUAUACCCUGCCACCCGCUAAUAGAAAAUAUUACCUUGUAUAAACAAUCUAUUUCCUUGUUGCAGUUGCACUGUCAUUUAUAUAUGUAUGCAAUUAUUCUUACAGUGAAAUCCUAGCCAUGUCUAUUCAGAAGUAAGUUCUGUGGAAUUCAGUUGGGCUUACUACCAGAUAACAGAGUUAGGAUUGCAGCCUUAGUCAGAAAAAGGGUGUUUCCUUUAUAUGAGCAAGCAUGGAAAUUGCAGCACAUACACACAACACUUCCCCUCCCCCCAAGUUACAGAUUUUGGCAGUAAAAAGGUUUAUUGGUUUAAAUAAAUAAUAUACAUAGGUACUUACAUGUACAUAUAUACAUUAUGAUGCAGGAAGAUUUUCCCUAUGCUUUUUUUCAGUCCUGUGCAGAAAACUUGAUUGAGAUUUCUCAAAUAAACAAAAAUUAUGUAAUAAUUAUGUAAUAACAAACAAGACACAUAAGACAUACCUUUACGAUGAACUUAGUCUCGGUGGUACUUGUGGAUGCACAGGAAAAAAGAGAAAACUCAAACAAUCAUGAAGAAAUUAUCCAGACAGUAAUAUGGAAAGCCAUCAAAGAUAAUUUAUAGAUUUUAAGUUAAAGACCAAACACACAACACUUAAACUCCUUACUAGCUUCAUGUGUUUGCUAGAAUGUAACAACACAAUCAAAUUCAUGUCUGUUCAGAAGUAAACCCCGUUUUGUUCACUAGGGCUUACUCCUAAGUAAGGGUAUAGGAUUGACUCCUCAGGUUUGAAAUAUAAACACUGUUUCAAUACGUGCAGGACAAAUUGAUUGUAUAGGUGGCAAACUGGGCAUGUACAUCGGGCUAUCGUGGAAACAAAUCCUUGGUAUGUCUGCAGAAUCACAUUGCACCUGGUAAAAAGAUAGCUAUGCCUACACACAUUGCUAGGAGAUUUUGGAUCAGAUGCCACUGGAAUUCCUAAGACGUUGGAUAGCAUUAAAUGUCUCAUUGUGUCUUUGAAAGACUUGUGCCAGUUUGGACCUUGUAGCUGCAUAGCAUUGGGGAAUAGCAGGAAUCACACAGCUCACAAAUCCGUUUGCUUUGCCAUACUACCCCUGAAAUAUAACUUCAGCAAUAUAGGCAUCAUUUUUAUGUAGAGCAGUUUGCAAAAUUCCAUGAGAAAGGUCUAUCUUGUGUGUUUACCUGGAAUUAAGCUUAUGGAUUUCAAUAAUACUUCCUAAGUGAGCUUAGAAAGAUCACAACCUAAGUGUAAAUUGUACACUAGAGGAGUUUAUUUCUAUGUUUAGAAAGCAUCUAGCAUAACAGUAUAAAUAAUAAAUAGGACCUUUCUCUUGAAUUACAUCAGAUAAUCAGAUCUCACUGGACUGCCCAGUUGCAUUCAUGUUUAGCUCUCAUCUGAGCUGUAGAAAUUCCUCCCUUCCUCCACUAAUUCAUUCUGUUAGAAAAUAAAGAAGAAAUCCUUGUGUCCUAUGGAGAAUCCGCUUUUAUUUUUUCUGUUCCCUCUGCCCCAUCCAAGAUACAUAUAUUGGUACCCCAAAACCAGUAUUCCUGAGGAAAUCUACUUCCAGAUGGAAAUAAAUUGACCUCUGUAUCUUGAUUGGGGGGGGGGGGACUUACCAGAUUUUGCGUUUUGUAUCCUCCUUUAUAAAUUCCAAUUAAAACUGAAAGCAGAAAUAAAUUCUGGUUCAUCAUAUAACUGAUUCAUGCUCAGAAGAUAGAGUCAUUUACAGUACUGUUGUAUUCCUAGCUCAAGUACUAGCUCUGGGUGUAAUUUGAACCUGGGUGAAUAUAUUUUUCAAGCAUAGCUCUUUCUUUAGUCCAUCUGUGUGUGUGUGUGUGUGUGUGUGUGUGUGUGUGUGUGUUUGUUUGUUUCACAGUCCUUGGAGUCUCCAGAUCAAGGGGAUGUGUGUUAAAAGAUGUGAUCAACCAUCUUUAACCUGGAUGGUUCUGGUGUUGUUGACAUGAGUAAUUCUGCAGUUAAAAAUAGGGUGCAAACUUAAUUUAUAGCAGUAGGAUGUUGGUGUAUAUUGAUCUACAUUUUGUUCAUGUAGAAUUGGUGUUUAUUGUAACAUGUAGCUAUUCCAUUUUCAUGUGUGCAGCAAAUGUUACAGUAAAUAUGAGCACAUGAUCUGGUCUGUCUAACUGCUCCUUCCUAGCUACCUUUUCCAUGUAAUUUUGCAAUACAGUGGUACCUCAGGUUAAGUACAGUGAUACCUCAGGUUACAUACGCUUCAGGUUACAUAUGCUUCAGGUUACAGACUCCACUAACCCAGAAAUAAUACCUUGGGUUAAGUACUUUACUUCAGGAUGAGAAUUCGUUCCAGAGGUCCGUACUUAACCUGAAACUGUUCUUAACCUGAAGCACCACUUUAGCUAAUGGGGCCUCCUGCUGCCGCCGCGCCGUCGGAGCACGAUUUCAUCUGUUCUCAUCCUGAAGCAAAGUUCUUAACCUGAAGCACUAUGUCUGGGUUAGCGGAGUCUGUAACCUGAAGCGUAUGUAACCUGAGGUACCACUGUAUUGCUAAUUGUGUGCUUGCUCAAUGGUGUGGGUCAGGGCCUAUUAGCAAAUGCAACUUGCUGCUUGAAAUCUCUGUGAGUUGUGAUACCACUGCUUAUCUGUUUUUCUUGAAACUCCCAAAUAAUUAUUUCUUCUCAUAAAGUAGUAAGGUGUAUUGUCACAGUAUUUCUUCCUAUAGGCAUUUUUGAUUGGCUACUGUGAGAAAAGGAUGCUGAACUAGAUGGGCUAUUGGCCUGAUCCAACAGACUCUUCUUCUGAUGCAUAUGAUGUUAACAAUGCUGAAAAUUAAUUUAUGGCACCCUGGUCUUCUAAAUGAGCAUUACUGAGAAGAAGCAAAAUACCUUAUGCAUCCUUUCUAGAUGUUUGGCAGCUAUAAAAUUGUACCUAUGAUGCUGGUGACUGUUCCACAGGUUCUGUUUCAGUUGGAAUGUGUCACCCUGGGCUCCUUUGGGAGAAAGGAUGGGGUGUAAAUUGAAUAAAUAACAGCAAUAUGUUGCAAAUGUUCUAGCAAAAGUGAUCACUGUACCUCAUUCUGACUUUUUUUUUGUUUUGCUGGAGGAGAAGCUCAUAAGAUUGAGCAUUAAAAUUUAAGCUUUCUGUGAUUUAAUAUAUUUGUGUUUGUGCAGGUAUUCCAUUUCAUUCAUCCUGUGA